AUGAGCACAAGAGGAUCUUGGCAUCUAGGGGUGCUUGCAGCUGCAUGUGGCAAGUCCGGCACUGCCGCGUUUCGAAGCCGGACGCCUCGCUUCCAAGCUCGCGAGCCCUGCCAGGUCCGGGCUCCGCAGGCUGCGCAGGCUCCGCGGGCUCCGCUCCGGGAGCUCCAUCCGCGCUGCGAGGCGCUGUACCUGGAAGGUCGCUGCCGGCACUUGAGGCGAGAACAGGGGAGCACCGGCAAGGAGCAAAAGCCGCCUGAGCUGGUGGACACAAAGCCGAAGUGCAAGGCUCCGCCUGCAUCGGGAAAGGCUUGGGCAGAAGAAGUCCUCCGACGACACCAGCAGCGGCUGCAGCAGCGAGAGGAGAUGCGGCGCUGCAAGGCAGAGCAGCGUGCAGAAGAGGAUCUAAAGGAAUGCUCAUUUGCACCGAAGCUCGUCUCACGAAGCCAUGUUCAGCUGCAGAUCAGAAAGGGGCGGCGACAGCUUGAGCACUUAGCGGAGCAGCAGCAAGCAAUAUUCUUUCGUCUCGACCGUUUACGAGACGAGGAGGUUCGUGCGGCAACUGCCAACCGGUCGGUUGACAAAGAAGAAAGGAAUCGCUCUCUGCUUCUUGGGGAGCUUGCCCAAGUUGAUGACGACGCCCAUGAUGUCAUCAGAAGUUUGGUCAAAUUGGGGAUUCCGAGCGUUCUUGAAGAGCCAGAUCCUGCGACACUUUGCCCUCAGUACGAUUCGGGGCUCCUCCGCCGGCUGCGAAUGGAAAAUGCAUGGGGCUUCAAGGAGCUGGCGCCAAUUCGAACUGCAGGUCCAUUGCCUCCAGCGCAAAUCUGA